AUGUCUGAAAGUGAUAAAGAAAGGCCCGUGGCUAGACUGGAUAAAGCACAACUAGAUGCUAUCAUGGCUACUCUCAUGAAAGAGAUGGAUAAAAAACUUGAAUUUGUUGGAGCUACUCGUUCUACUAACCCUGUCUUUGGCACAACUUCACAGGUUAGGAGAGCAGCUAGGGAAAAGAGGAGAGGCAAGCGACCUGCAGUAGGAGACGAAUCUGAGGAUGAAGAUACUUCUUCUGGCCGUAGUACUGAUGGAGAACGGUCCGUGGGAUCAGCAAGAUCAGUGAGAACAGGACGUGCAGCCUCCCAAGCAAGAUCCCCUACACGCCAUGCAGCAAGGAACAGACCAGAUGAUAACCUUGGGAGUCUCAAACUUCGAAUACCAGUCUUCAGUGGAACCAGCAAUCCAGAUGCUUAUCUUGAAUGGGAAACGAAGAUUGAGCGAGUGUUUGAUUGCCAGCACUACUCAGAAACAAAGAAGGUGAAGCUUGCUGUGACAGAAUUCAGUGGGUAUGCUUUGCAUUGGUGGGAUCAGAUUGUUACUACUAGGAGAAGGACUGGAGAGCCGCCAGUUGCUUCAUGGUUUGAGCUCAAGACACUCAUGAAGAAGCGGUUUGUUCCAAACCACUAUGGUAGAGAGAUUCAUCAAAAGCUGAGGAGACUUACCCAAGGAACCAAAGGCGUGGAGGAUUACUAUCAAGAGAUGGAAAUACUCAUGAUCAAAGCGGCUGUUGAAGAAGCUUCUGAAGCUACUAUGGCUCGAUUUCAGGCUGGGCUUAACAGAGACAUCCAGGACCGCUUGGAGAUGCAGGAGUAUGAGGACAUCUAUGAAUUGCUUCACAAAGCAAUCCUCAUUGAGCAGCAACUGAAGAGAAAGUCCUCAACCAAAGGAUCCUAUGGCAACAACUACAAAGCGCCUACUACCAAAGAUGACAAGUCUUUUGUGAAACCCAAGGAAGAGCAUGAGGACAAGGGAAAGGCACCAGCUGCUAGAUCCAGGGAUGUGAAGUGCUUCAAAUGUCAUGGUUUUGGGCACUAUGCCAAUGAGUGCACCAACAAGAAAGCAAUGAUCCUCUUGGACAGUGGUGAGGUGAUAUCCGAAGAAGAAGAGGAAGCCAUAGACUAUCCAGUUCGUGGAGAACUACUUGUCACAAGGAGAUCAUUGGCAGUACAAUCCAAGCUAGAUGAAGAUAAUCAAAGGGAGAAUCUUUUUCAUACUCGUUGCAUAGUUUAUGAAAAAGUAUGCAGUUUGAUUAUAGAUGGAGGAAGCUGUACUAAUGUUGCUAGUGAAGCUCUUGUAGAAAAGCUUGGAUUGAAAACAGGGAAGCAUCCUAGGCCAUACCUUCUACAAUGGUUGAAUGAGGAGGGCGAGCUGAAGGUCACUGAUCAAGUAAUGGUUCCUAUAACCAUUGGAAGAUACCAAGAUGAGAUCGUGUGUGAUGUUCUGCCCAUGGACUCUAGCCAUAUCUUGUUGGGAAGGCCUUGGCAGUAUGAUAGAAGAGUCAUUCACGAUGGGUUCACUAACCGGCAUUCCUUCACCCACAGAGACAAGAAGAUUGUACUGGCACCUUUGUCUCCACAAGAGGUACAUGAGGAUCAACUUCAACUAAAACUUAGGCGACAAGAAGCUAAAGAGAAACCAGCUGACAAGCAAAAGAAGGAGACUAAUCUCUUAGCCAAGAGUAGUGAGAUCAAGAAAGCUUUGUGUCUUCAACAAUCUAUGCUUUUAUUUGUUUUUAAAGGUGCACUAAUGUCUUCUUCUGACCCUGCACCGGUUCUACCGAGUGAACUUGAGUUUCUUUUGCAGGAUUAUGGUGAUGUCUUUCCAGACGAGAGCCCAAAAGGACUUCCUCCCAUGCGUGGGAUUGAACACCAAAUAGACUUGGUCCCUGGAGCUUCUCUCCCAAACCGCCCUGCCUAUAGAACCAACCCUGAAGAAACAAAAGAGCUACAGAAGCAAGUAGAUGAGCUCAUUGAGAAAGGACAUAUCCGAGAGAGCAUGAGCCCUUUUUAUUUUGAUGAUAUUUUGAUCUACAGCAAGAGUAUGGCUGAGCAUGUGCAUCACUUGAAAUCUGUGUUAGAAGUGCUUAGGAAAGAAUCCUUGUUUGCUAACUUUAAGAAAUGCACUUUUGGGACAGAUCACCUUGUUUUUCUAGGAUUUGUUGUAACAGCACAGGGAAUCAGAGUGGAUGAGGAAAAGGUUAAAGCUAUCCGAGACUGGCCUAGUCCUAAGAGUGUGAGCGAGGUGAGAAGUUUCCAUGGUCUUGCCGGCUUUUAUAGAAGAUUUGUGAAGGAUUUUAGCACCAUAGCUGCACCACUCACUGAAGUCAUCAAGAAGGAUGUGGGUUUCAAGUGGGAGAAGGCGCAAGAGGAGGCUUUUCAAAACCUGAAAGGGAAGUUGACUAAUGCUCCUUUGCUAGUUCUUCCAGAUUUUACUAAGACCUUUGAAAUUGAAUGUGAUGCUUCUGGUGUAGGUAUUGGAGCUGUGCUGAUGCAGGAGAAGAGACCCAUAGCAUAUUUCAGUGAGAAACUAAGUGGAGCCAUGCUGAACUACCCAACUUAUGACAAGGAACUCUAUGCUUUGAUUAGAGCACUCCAAACUUGGCAGCACUAUCUCUGGCCAAAGGAGUUUGUUAUACACACUGAUCAUGAGUCCUUGAAACACCUGAAGGGACAGCACAAGCUCAACAAGAGACACGCCAGAUGGGUAGAGUUCUUGGAAACCUUUCCUUAUGUGAUUCACUAUAAACAAGGUAAAGAAAACAUUGUGGCUGAUGCACUCUCCAGAAGGGAAGCACAUGGAGGAGGAUUGAUGGGGCACUUUGGAGUUGCCAAGACACUCGCCCACCUGAAAGAGCACUUUUACUGGCCGACCAUGAGAAGAGAUGUGGAGAGAGUAUGCAGCAGAUGUGUUACUUGCACCCAAGCCAAAGCCAAGGCCCGACCUCAAGGUUUGUAUACUCCUCUUCCCAUUCCUGAUGCUCCAUGGAUUGAUAUAUCUAUGGAUUUUGUGCUUGGUUUGCCUAGGACUAGAAAGGGCAGAGAUUCAAUCUUUGUAGUUGUUGAUAGUGCUACAAAGUUCUCACCUUUUCAGAUUGUUUAUGGAUUCAAUCCUUUGACUCCUUUGGAUCUCAUGCCUUUACCAUACAAUGAGCAAACUAAUCUUGAUGGCAAGGCAAAAGCCGAGUUUGUUGUUUCAUUGCAUGAACAGGUAAAGAAGAACAUUGAGAAGAGGACCAAGGAGUAUGAAAAGCAAGCAAACAAGAAGAGACAUGAGCUGUUGCUGGAACCAGGAGAUCUUGUAUGGAUUCACUUGAGAAAGGAGAGGUUUCCUGAAGAAAGAAAGUCUAAACUGAUGCCAAGGACAGAUGGACCUUUCACUGUGCUUGAACGGAUCAACAACAAUGCUUACAAGAUUGAUCUUCAAGGAGGAGGGGAUGAUGUGAGCUUGACUGAACCAGUAGCUGAUCUUGCGCAUGAAGAGCUGGAAGAGAGUGACAGUGAAGAGGAGCUGGAUGAGACGAACACUACAAUUGGAUACAAGGAGCUGGAUGGGAGUUCAAUUGGAUUUAACUCAGCACGAGACCCAUUCUCUUUCUCCAAUGGGCCAAUAACCAGAUCAAAGACAAGACAAUUGAAGGAGGCAAUUCUCGGAUUGGUUUACACUAAACCAAUCUCGACAUCUGAAGAAAACCAAGUCAAAGAAGCCUUGAAGAUAUUCAAUUGUUCAAUCUUCAACACUACCUAG